GCUGCAGCGCAUGCGCGCUCCGUUAUGCUGCUUUCCUCCCGUGUGGCUCCGCAGUCGGUGCCGCUGCUUCGGGCUCUCAUGUCUCGCUCUCCCCCCACCGCGCCUCCCCCGCCGGGGCCCAGGCUGCCCGGCACCGUGCUGGGGACCAUGGAGUUUGGUCGCCGCAUGGAUGUGCAGGCCAGCGGGGAGGCGGUACGCGAGUUCGCCCGACGCGGUCACCACGAGCUGGACACGGCCUACAUGUACGGAGACGGCGACACCGAGCUGGUGCUGGGGCGCUUGGGCCUCGGGCCGGAAGUGAAGUUGGCCACGAAGGCUAACCCCUGGGAGGGCAAGAGCUUGAGAGCGGAGAGCGUCCGCCAACAGCUCGAGACCUCCCUCCAGCGCCUGCAGACCCCCAGUGUCCAUCUGUUUUAUCUGCAUGCCCCCGAUCACCAGACCCCGGUGGAGGACACGCUGGCCGCCUGCCAGGAGCUGUAUAAGGAGGGCAAGUUUAAGGAGUUGGGUCUCUCCAACUACGCGUCGUGGGAAGUCAUGGAAGUUUAUUCCAUUUGCAAGCACAGGAAUUGGGUGCUGCCCACCGUGUACCAGGGCAUGUACAACGCAACUACGAGACAGGUGGAGACCGAGCUGCUGCCCUGCCUGAGACAGCUCGGGAUGAGGUUCUACGCCUACAACCCUCUGGCCGGGGGGCUCCUCACCGGCAAAUACAGAUUUGAAGAUAAGGAUAAGGAGCAGACGCCCUCCAGAUUUUUUGGAAACAGCUGGGCUGAAACCUACAGGAACAGAUACUGGAAGAAGCAUCACUUUCAAGCGAUCGAUGUGAUCCAGCGAGCCCUGGAUGAGGCGUAUGGUGCUGACAGACCCAGCCUGACCUCUGCAGCCCUCCGCUGGAUGUACCAUCACUCACAGCUACAGGGUAGCCGAGGAGACGCGGUAAUCCUGGGAAUGUCGAGCAUGGAGCAGCUCGUCCAGAAUUUGGAUGGAGCCGAGGAGGGUCCGCUGCUCCCCUCCGUGGUCUCCGCUUUCGCCGAGGCCUGGAAUCUGGUCGCUCACGACUGUCCCAACUACUUUCGCUAGGAAUACCCACAGCCAAGGAAACGAAGCCAUAAGCACUUACUGUGAUUAUUCCACGUGAUUUCCACUCAUCGGCACCAAGAAAAACGGGCUGUCCGUAUUCCCAAAGGCUCGUACCCGCCUAUCUGGGGUUUGCGGCACCGGACGUGGCGCGGGGUCUGCGCAAAGGCGCCUGUGCCUUGAAAAUAUUGUAAAUCAAAUCCAAAUAAAGCAUUUCCAAGUAAA